CCACUUCCCAAUAGCUGGGUUGCGCUCGGGUAACGUUGUAGCUUUCCCUCCGGGUUGUGCAAUAUAGUUGCCUGCCUCUCUCUGUAUUUAUUGUUAUUAUUUUUUUUGGGGAAAAAAAAGCUGCCGCCAGGAAGGAGGAAGGAGAGAAAAAAGGGAAGAAAUUAAAAUAAAACAACCCAAUAGGAUUGCAACAGUCAGUGACCCAGGGGGAAGAACUUUAGCUGAGAGAGACCGAGAUUGUACCUUGGUUACAUUUUUGGAAGCGCCCCCCUUCUAAUAAUUUUUUGGGUUAUUAUUAUUAUUAUUAUUUUUAAAAAGAGGGCCAUUAAAUAGCUUUUUAAAACCCUCUUUUCUUAUCCAUCCUUUUCUCGGAGAUCGGCUGCUCUGGGAGGUGGGGGGAGCCCAGAGAGGAAGGAAAGAGGAAAAUAAAAACAAGGAGUUCAACUGAUAGCAGCUGUGUACCAAUCACCUUAUAAAGAGUGCCGAAGAUGCAGUGACCCAGCAUACAGGGCCUUUUAAGAUUCACACCGUUCUGAUGCUGUUGGAGUGACACAGAUGAAGCAGGAUAUCAUGAACUGAAGAAGAGACCUCGGAUCUUUUUUGUUUUGUUUUUUUUGUAGUUUUCUACCUUUUUAAAAAAAAAAAGAAAAAGAAAGCGAGGACUUUUAAUGACAGCGCUUUGAAAUACAAGGGUUUUCUUUUUUUUAAUUUUUGGAAAUUAAAAAAAACCCCACACAAUUCUCCUCGUGCCGUGAGGAUCUCCACAGAACAUGGGGAGGAAAAAGAUCCAAAUCCAGAGGAUCACGGAUGAAAGGAACCGGCAGGUGACGUUCACCAAACGGAAGUUUGGGUUGAUGAAGAAAGCCUACGAACUCAGCGUCCUGUGCGACUGCGAGAUUGCCCUGAUCAUUUUCAACCAUUCGAACAAACUGUUCCAGUACGCCAGCACUGACAUGGACAAGGUGCUUCUGAAGUACACAGAGUACAACGAACCCCACGAGAGCCGGACCAACGCAGAUAUCAUUGAGACAUUAAGAAAGAAAGGUUUUAACGGCUGUGACAGCCCGGAACCUGACGGCGAUGACUCCAUCGACCAGAGCCCGCUGAUGGAGGACAAAUAUCGCAAAGCCAGCGAGGAUCUUGAUAUACUGUUCAAGCGCUACGGCGCGCUGAACAAGAAGCAUAGAGAGUGUGAAAGCCCCGACGGGGAUGAUGUCUUUACGUUGACGCCACAGACGGAAGAGAAAUAUAAAAAAAUUGAUGAGGAGUUUGAUAAAAUGAUGCAGACUUACAGGCUCGCAUCUGCAGUUCCGGCUCCCAAUUUUGCCAUGCCCGUGACGGUUCCAGUGACCAACCAGAACACGCUGCAGUUCAGUAACCCCGGAGGCUCCUUAGUGACUCAGUCUCUGGUGACCUCCUCGUUGACUGACCCACGGCUCCUGUCGCCGCAGCAACCAGCCCUCCAGCGGAACACCGUUUCCCCGGGCCUACCACAGCGACCAGCCAGCGCUGGGGCAAUGCUUGGAGGAGAUUUGAACAACACAAACGGCGCCUGCCCAAGCCCAGUGGGGAAUGGUUAUGUCAGUGCCAGAGCCUCCCCUGGCCUCCUCCCUGUGUCCAACGGCAACAGCAUGGGCAAGGUCAUCCCUGCAAAGUCGCCACCUCCUCCUCCGCCACCCUCCCACGGCACCCAGUUGGCCGCCAACAACCGCAAACCAGACUUGCGCGUCAUCACCUCACAGAGCGGGAAAGGACUCAUGCAUCAUUUGAACACUCAGAGGCUCGUCGUGUCUCAAGCAACACAUUCUUUGACCACACCAGUCGUUUCCGUGGCUACUCCGAGUCUCCUGACACAGGGCUUGCCCUUCUCGGCUAUGCCCACGGCAUACAACACAGACUAUCAGCUGACCAGCGCAGAGCUGUCAUCCCUCCCAGCUUUCAGCUCACCGGGAGGACUGUCUCUUGGCAACAUCUCUGCUUGGCAACAGCAGCAGCAGCAGCAGCAGCAACAACAACAGCAGCAACAACAGCAGCAGCAGCAUCUUGUUCCUGUAUCGCUAAGUAACUUAAUACAAGGAAGCCACUUGUCUCAUGCCACCACAUUGACCAUCAACACCAACCCAAACAUCAGUAUCAAGUCAGAGCCCGUUUCGCCCAACCGGGAACGCAACACGGCCACGCCGCUCUCCUCCUUUCCUCACCAGGCCCGCCAUGAGCCCACGGGACGUUCGCCCGUCGACAGCCUCAGCAGCAACGCCAGCUCCUACGAGGGCAACGAGCGGGAAGACCAGUCCCGGGCUGAAUUCGGCUCCUCUCUCGGCCUCUUGAGAUCCACCACCGAGGCUGAGGGGGAGAACCCGUCCGUAAAGCGCAUGCGCCUGGACGCUUGGGUAACAUAACUGCCUCCCCUUGUGGCCCAGCUCCCUUCUCCUCCCAGGGCUGCUUUUGGCCCUCACGUUAUAUUGUGUGCGUGGGGGGAGGGAGGAGGCAGGAGCCGGGGGAAACAAGGAAGGGAGUC